AUGGGACCUCCAGCGGAAGCCCAUCAGAAUCUUAAAGUCGCUGACCUUCUACUACCAGGAACAUGUGACUGGAACCUUGAACAAAUACGUCAUAUCAUCCCACACCAUGAAAAGGAGAUCCUCAAACUCAGACCAAGUGCAAAUGGGGCUCCAGAUAUUUGGGCUUGGCUACCUACACCUAAUGGUAUAUACUCUGCUAAAUCAGGGUAUAUUGAAGCUUCAAAACUGGAGUUUGAACCCGCGGACUCCAUCAACCUACUCUCUUCUAGCCAAGACAAUUUCAGCUGGAACUCCGAUAUCUGGGCAACAAAGACAUCUCAAAAAAACAAGCUCCUCCUAUGGAAAGCAGCACAGAACGCCCUCCCAGUCGGAGAAAACCUGAAAUACAGACAUAUCACAGACUCAGAUCAUUGUCCCCACUGUGGAGAAGAGGAAACCGUGUCACAUCUAUUUCUCCACUGUCAGUUUUCUCGACGAAUAUGGGCCAAGGUACCAGUUAAAACCCCUUUCCUCUCUGAUUCUACCUUGACAAUAAAGGAUGGUAUUAAGAAAGCAAAAGAGCUCGUAUGCUUACCACCCUCGGGAUUAGCUCUGGGACCUAUCUCUCCAUGGAUAUUCUGGUCUCUGUGGACCACUCGCAACCAACUGAUCUUCAGUAAGAAAAAAAUCCUGGAGGAAGACACAGUGCUCAUAGCCCUGAUUAGAGCUAGAGAGUGGCAAAUUGCUCAAUCAAUCAUCCCGCAACCUGUCAAGGCACCCAAAUCUCCAACAACCAAUAGAUCAACCCCGACUCUGACCUGUUUCACGGAUGUCUCGUGGAAGGAAAAUGAAAAGGCGGGGUACGGGUGGAUUAUAAAAGACCAAUCUGACGCUACCCAGCUGCAAGGAUCUGCUUCCGCGAUCGAUGUAGGAUCCCCCCUGAUGACCGAAGCACUGGCAACUCUCACUGCGAUGAGAGUUGUGAGUGAACCAGGCAUCACCGAUAUCACUUUUGCUUCCGACUCGCAAGUGCUAGUCCAAGCUCUCUGUCAGAAGAACCUCCAGAAGGAACUUCACGGGACUCUCCACGAUGUCUUAGCUCUAUCUGCUACCUUUAAUUCCUGUCUUUUUACUUUCAUUCCUCGGAAUCAAAAUCGCCAAGCUGAUGCGCUGGCUAAGGAGGCUCUCCUCCGGUUAUGUAUCGAACCCUAUUCUGUUUAA